AUGGCUUCUUCAAACUUCGACCCUGAGAAGGACAUUCCCGAACUGUCGGGAAAAGUAAUCUUCAUCACUGGAGGAACCAGCGGCCUAGGCGCCGAAUCUGUUGCCCAACUGGCCAAAAGACAUCCUCGAGCCAUUUACUUCAGCGGCCGCAAUGCCAAGAGCGCCGAGGGAGUGAUUGAGAAAGUGAAAGCCAGCACACCUGAUGCGCCCGCACUGCACUUCGUCCAGUGUGACCUGGCGUCGCUCCAGUCCGUUGCCGCCGCGGCGCAGCAGGUUCUCGACCAAGAAGACCGCCUGGAUGUCCUCAUGUGCAAUGCAGGCAUCAUGGCCACGCCGACCAGCCUGACCACCGACGGCUACGAGGUCCAGUUCGGCACCAACCACGUCGGGCACGCGCUGCUGAUCAAGAAGCUUCUCCCGCUGCUCGUGAAGACCAGCGAACAGCCAGGCGCCGACGUGCGCAUCGUGAUUCUCACAUCACUCGGCUUCGCUUUGCAUCCGCACGGCGGCAUCGUGUUCAACGACCUCAAGACAGUCCAGAACUACACCUUCUUCGGGGGGUUUCGCCGCUAUGGGCAGAGCAAACUGGCAAACCUCCUCUACGCCCGGGAACUGGCCCGCAGGUAUCCGCAGAUUACCACCCUGUCCAUUCAUCCAGGUGUCGUCAGCACCGGACUUGCCGGACAAUCAAGUCUGAUCAACACGAUCCUCAUAUAUAUCUUAGCCUGGUGGCAAAUGGUGCCACCUGAAAAGGGCGCUCACAACCAACUGUGGGCUGCGGCUGGGAAGGUGCCGAAGGAAAAGAACGGCGAGAUGUACGAACCAGUGGGCGUUCUGUCAACAAAGCUUGAUGAGACGGCGAAAGACGACAAACUCGCAGAACAGCUCUGGGACUGGACGCAGAAAGAGCUCGAGAAGUACUAG